AAGUAUUUACUGUUGUUUAAAGAAUUAUAAUAUUAUUUAAAAAAAAUAGUUUGUUAUAAUUUACAAUAAAUAUUGCCAUAAUGUAAAUUAAUGAAAGAGUAAAAUGUUAAAAUGGAGCAAACCAUGUUCACCAAAAAGCAUGAGCCAUGACGCGGAUAGUAUUUCAAAUAAUAGCGUACUUUUAUUCGGAUAUGAUUCCAUGUAUGAAGCUGACAUUAGCAAAGAUAUUACCGACGAAUUCAUUUCGAAUGAGAGAAUAAGUCAUAAAAAUCCAUUAUAUGAUUUUUUAUUCAACAAGAAGAAUUGCUACGAACAGAAAGAUUUGUAUUUAAUCGAAUAUGAAAUGAUCAUGGAUUCUUUGGAUGAGCUUAGAAAAUGGAUAGAGAUUGAAACAGCGAAUCUAUCGGAGAAAAAUUCUAUUUCGCAGCUGCUGUUGACAUUUACUCAAACCAUCAUGAGUGCAAUAUGGAACAGCAGAUGCCAGCAUAUGUUUAGCAAUGCAAAAAUUGACCCAAUGGCAGUGAUCAAGUUAGUUACGCAAAUAACACUGGUAGAAAACAAUAUAUUCAACUGCUUGGGCAAUGAAUUAAUACUCAAUAAAUUGCUUACAAAAAUAUUUGUAUUUUCCAAAAAAAAGAAAUUCGUUCGCAAAAUUAUAUGUAUAUGGAAUCACAGGGAGACAAUCUUUAAAUUUUUUGAAGGAUGUAAGACAUUAGGGGUGGAUGAAAACAAUCUGUUUACAAUUAAUGAUUGGAACUAUGUAAUUAAACAUCAGGAAUAUAGCUUUCAAGAUGAUCAAUGGAUAUACAGUGUUAAAAAUAUUUUAAAAACUUUUUACCAACUUAUAAUGAAGUCAAGAAUACAAGAUACAGUAAAUACAAAAGAAAUAAAUUUAGACGUUUUCAAACAUUUAUUUCAUGCUGAAGAAUACUCUGAAUUUUCUGGAACAAGACAAGAAAGAUUUAAUUUUUUAACAGAAAAUCAAGAUGAGAUAACCGCUCAACCAAUCGAAUUUCGAUCCUAUAUAAAAUAUAAGGACAAAGUUAAAACUCGUAACAUACUCAACAAGUGGAAAAAGAAAGAUAGAAACAAAAGAAGUAAAUUGUUUCAUGGACUAAGAAGAAAUAGUACACCUGCUACAAAAUCAGUAUCGGAAUCACUCAGUAUGACAUCAGACGAAGGAUAUUUUACAAGUGCUACUUGCAGGUCGUCAUUUCUACGAGUUGUUCAAAAAGAACAGAAACACAAAUUUGAAAAAAAAAGCAUCAAUAGCUGCAAUUUAAACGGAAAACCUUUUUCAAAACCCUACCAAAAUUCUAAUGCACAAAAUCAACAGAUUUCUAUAGUCAAUUCGACGUGUGUUGCUACAGAAAGUGAAAUGAAUAACUUAAACAUCUUUUUGACAGAGUUUUUUAAUAAUAAAAAUGAAGAUAGCUCACCCAAAACUAAGUCUAAAAAAGAUGUCAAUGACAGAGAUGAGCAACGCAAAUGUUCUUUCUUCAAUAAUGAAAAGAUGUCACCUCUUCAAAAUCAAGCAAGUCAUCAUUAUUCAGAUAUUAAUCGGACUCAAUCAAGUGUGAAUGAAAUUCAGAGCAAUGAGCAAUUAACAACAGAAUUAAAGAACGUAAUAAAUGAUUUGUUGACAAUUGGAAAUGCGUAUAGUGGUAGAGAUUUAGAUAAUUUAUUAACUGAAAAAAGUUUGGAUUUUUUUUUUGAAACUAUAACUAUACCAGUGGUUUUAAGUAGUGAAUCAGAGUGUUCUGCAAACGAAGAAUACACAUCUUCUGAUGAGUAUACACUUAGGAGUAUGCCAGCUCGUUUAAAAGAUGAGAAACAUAAAAAAGAAAAAGACGAAAAUAAGAAGAAACACAAGAAUACCGAUAAAAAUGUAAAUAAAAAAAAAGAAAAAGUCAAUGAAAACGCGUUUGAAAAUAUUAAUCAUUACGAAACCAUUGAUACUCCAAACUUCGACAGAAGUUUAUAUUCAGAACCACACAGGUCUCGGAAAUCGGAUCGAAAACCUAACCAAACAAAUAAGAAAAAAACUCUUAAACAUGAAAAAAGUUUACAUGCUGACGAAACAGCUAAACGUGAAAUUUACGAAACAAUUUCCGAUAAAAAUUAUAGUAAAAUGACUGCAAUUAACAACCAAAAUGACAAUAGAUUAUAUUUAAAUCCUCAAGACGUUAGUACAACAAUUCAGGAUGAUAGCGGAAUAACGAACUCUAACUUAGUUGCCGCAAAAUCAAAGUUAAAACCACCAAAGUACUUGAACCCGCCUAAAGACGCCUCUUUAAAAAGAAAUAACUCAAUUCAUAUUAAAGAACCUGAAUAUACAUGGGAUACAGCCGACGGACGACACCGAGUUUAUUUAAGAUCAAAAGAAAGUGAAGCAUCUCAAUCUCCUGAUAAAAAUGUUUUUUUAAACGAACACGACACAAAGUUUAACGGAAAGUUAAGAAACAAUCGCACACAAGACGAUAUACAAGAAAUCUUAGGUGUUUCGCCAGAAAUAAUUGAACUUUUAAAAGAGGAGGAAAGAUUUUGGCAAAAACAGCAAGAAUUAAAAAAAUGGGUAGAAUCACGUGAUAAAGUUAAUAAUGUUCGUAAACCUCCAUUGCAACCUACUAGAACGCAAACAAUUAGUAUAAAUGGUAAAGUUAAUGGUUUUUUAAUGUCUGAAAGCGAAAGAGAAAUAGAAGAAGAAAGAAUUGAAAAAGAAGUUGAUAGACUUAUGUUUUUAAGGGCUCAACGGAAACAUAUUUUGCAAGCUCCAAUCGAAAACAUUUCUCGGAAUGAUGAAAAAAGAUAUGACCAACUGAAUCAUUCUUCUAUUCUUUCUAACAACUCAAUAAAUGGGCGAAAUACUAAAGGAAGAUCAUCCGUACAUUUUUCUACAAAUAAUAAACCGGUUUACCAGCGAUCAACCUCUAUUAGACAAAACAGACGAGUCCGAAGCGGUAACUGCUUUUCAGAUGACGACGAAGUUUUCAAUGAUUAUCGACGUGAUAAUGCGGUUGACAAUCGAGGUUAUUUUUCGGAUCAUGAUACUGUUCUUAAAUCACCAACUUUUAACGCUGGACCAAAAAAGACUGGAAAUAAUUUACGCAUUAAAUGCACUUCUUGCUCAAGGUCUAUAUUAGAUGAACGAUUGAUAAACAUUGAUGGGUACAAUUAUAAUUGGCACGUCAAAUGUUUUUUUUGUGUCGUUUGUCGUGCAUAUUUAAAUGAUAAACAUAUUGUUCGUGUUCGUGUAGUGGACUCAAGAUUGCAUUGUCGCUUCUGCUACUCUGCGAGAAACGGAGAACUAAUGUCGGAGGUUUAGGUAUUUAUAAUUAUAAUUUCAAAUUAAUGUCAAAAAAGAGCUGAUAGAACCGAGCGAAAGUUGAAAAACUCAAAUAUCGAAGAUUAAUGCAAACCAAAAUAAUUUUCAACUAAAAGUCUUAAACAUCGUAAAAUUAUGAGAACAAAACAAAUUCUAAUAAAGUUUAUAUAGAAAAUCUAGUCAUGAACCAAUUUUAUAGCAUUUAUUUAUUUUGAAAAAUGUUCAAUUGUGUAUAUAUAUAUAUAUAUAUAUAUAAAUAUAAAUUUAUGUAUUCAAUGUAAAUUAUACAUAAAUUUUUUUAUCAUUUUAUUAUGCAUUCUUUUAUGUUUAAUCAAGACUGUGAACAGUUAUGUUAUAAAUGCAUUUCUUAUGAAUA